UUCCUGCCCUGUGAGAGUUUCCAUUUCGAUUCCUGAUGCCAUCAGAGAAGAGUGUAUGACCAGAACCCUCCCUCCUCCCCUGUGACUGAGGCAACAGGUACAGAAUUGUGCAUGAAGAAUGGCAUCGUCUGCUGAGGACAUCAUAGAGACUGCUGCCCUGGGGAGGCCGUUUACUCUUGGGAUGCUGUACGACUGCAGAAAAGAUUUCCUUGUUCCAGGUGUUACAUUGUGGGAUAAUGAGGACCUGCAGCAGAAUACUUGUCAAACAAGACAACAAAACACAGAAUUCAAUAUCACAGCAUCAGACUCCAUUGAUGAGAAGUCAAAUUCAUUGAAUGUAUCUGGAUCUCUGAAACUAAGUCUCCUGGGAGGACUAGUGAAUGUGUCAGGAUCAGCUAAAUACUUCCAGGACACAAAGAAAUCUCAUAAACAACAGCGGCUCACUCUUCAUUACAAAACAACAACAAGAUAUGAAUCCCUAACAAUGUCUCAUCUGGGUCGUGGACAAGUACCCCAUCCCAACGUGUUUAAAGAUGGCACAGCCACACAUGUUGUCACUGCCAUCUUGUACGGGGCCAGUGCUUACUUCAUGUUUGACAGAGAAUCAUCUAACGACGAAGACAAGAAACAUGUUGAAGGGGAAGCCGAACUGAUGAUGGAUAAGCUGAAAUUCAUCAAAAUAAGUGCACAGGCUUCUUUUGACAUGGAUGAAAGAGAGAAAUCUGCCGUGGAAAAAUUCAGUUGCACGUUCCACGGAGAUUUCCAUCUUACCAGCAAUCCAUCAUCAUUUAUCAAGGCUAUGGAAGUUUACAGACAACUGCCAAAGUUGCUUGGAGAGAAUGGAGAGCAUGCUGUUCCCGUCAGGGUGUGGAUGUACCCUCUGGUGAAGCUGGACUCAGAAGCUGCAAAACUGCAAAGAGAAAUCAGCAACAGCCUCAUCACAUACACAUCAAGAGACAUAGAGCAUUUAAACAACACCGAGAUGAGAUGCAAUGACCUGCUGAAGAACACAGCAGCAAAAACUUUUCCUGUCAUGGAGGAGAAGCUUCGUACUUUCAUGCAAAACUGCCAUCACUACAAGCUUGAGUUUGUGCAGAAUCUAGGGUCAGUGCUUCCUUCUAUCCGAGGGGGUGGACAAGAGGAGAGUGCCCUUGCAAACAUCCUUAAGGCACAUGAGAAAUCUCCAUUCAACAGCAAAAACCUGGAUCAGUGGUUGACCCUGAAGGAAAAGGAAUCAGACACAAUUGCUUCCAUCCUCAAGCAGCUGGAGAAACUAGGUGCAAAAUUAGAUGACGACUUGGAUGAUCUUUUAUCUGAUUUAGACAUCACAAAUGUUGUGAGCUUCACAUUUACCUCCAUAGACCAACCUGAUAGCAGCCUCAUGAAACAAUUGCAUUUCCUUACUCCAGCCGGAAUGAUGAGUGAAUGUCCAGAUACUCGACAGACCAGAAAUACAACUCGCAAGAGAACAUUUGACGCUCGAGAUACUAUGAAACCAUCCCAUCCUAUGAACGAAGAGUGGCUCUCUGCUCAUACAAAACAAAUUAUGAGGAGACAGUUACAACUGUUUAAACAUUUGAAGGAGCAGUUGGACAGCAGUGAUGACACCAAAUUCAUUGUUGCAUCCAAAUAUGAUGAGCGUUUCCCUGGAGCCUGUAUAUUCAUAUAUGAAGAUGGGAGUGAUGAGCCUGUCCGCUUCAUUCCUCCAUCCAAACCUGCCACUCCAUCCACCUCUGAUGUAUCAUAUGACAGAUUCACAGUUGGGGUAUCAGACCCAGACUCUACCACUGUGGAAUACCUAGUAGAAUUCAAAAGGAAGCAAGAGGGAGAUUGGACAGCUUACUCUGUGCAGAACAAGAACACAGUAACUCUGUUAGGACUGCAGCCAGACACUGAAUAUGAGAUCAGAGCCACAGCUGUGGGUAAACUCGGGUACUCUGUCAGCAGUUGUACUGUCAGUAUUUUAACUGACAUUAGCCCACCAACCGAUUUGGAUGUAAGUGAAAAGAAGGCACAAUCCAUCACCUUAACAUGGAGGAAUCCAUCUGACCAACAAUAUCAAUCUCUACGUGUUGAGUACAGAAUGAAGCAGGAGACCGGAUGGACAGCUCACCCUGUGCAGAAGAACCAGGAGACAGCAACUCUGUCAGGACUGAAGCCAGACACUGAGCAUGAGAUCAGAGUUAUAGCUGUGGGUAAACUUGGCUAUGUCAGCAGUGAUGUUUUGACUGCUGUAACCAAAGCCCUUAGCCCUCCAACUAAUGUUAAAGUAACCCGUGAGGCAAACUCUUUCACCAUAACCUGGUCAAACCCAGAACAUUAUGAAGAUCUUAAACAGUACAUUGUUGAGUAUAAGGAGGGGAUCAGCAGUGACUGGCAGAAAGAAGAAACUAAAAAAGAGGUGUACACUUUUACUCUGAAGAACCUGAAACCAUAUACCAACUACUCCAUCAGGAUGUGCACCGAGGCUGGUAGAGAAGUGAGCAAACCCGGAGAAGAGAUGGUGACUACAACCAAGGAAUCAGCAGGUUCCAGAUAUGAAAGGCAACACACAGCUCUGGACAGAAACAGGUUCACUCCUCUGCCAGGUACCCCACCAGUGUAUCUGCUGGAUAUGAAACCAGCAGCAGGUCCUGUGAACAAGAAGGAAUUUGGAGAAGCAUCAUGCAGUAAUCGAUCAAACAAAACCAUCAUGCUUGUUGGUGCCACUGGAUCUGGCAUGACAACCCUCAUCAAUGGCAUGAUCAAUUAUGUACUAGGAGUUGAGUGGGAGGACAACUGGAGAUUUAAAUUGAUAGAUAAAGAGACCAAUAAAUCACAAGCACACAGUCAGACCUCCGAGGUGACAGCCUAUCAGAUUCACCACACAGAUGAUUUCAAAAUUCCAUAUUCACUCACAAUCAUUGACACACCAGGGUUUGGGAACACCAGAGGAAUCAAAGGAGACAAGGUGACCACAGACAGAAUUAUACAGUUCUUCACAGAUAAGGAUGGCAUUGAUGCAAUUGAUGCAGUGUGUUUUGUAGUGCAGUCUGCUUCAGCUCAUCUGACACCGAAACAGAAAUACAUCUUUGAUGCCAUCCUCUCUGUGUUUGGGAAGGACAUCGCCAGCAACAUCAUCACUCUGGUCACCUUUGCUGAUGGACAAACUCCUCCAGUACUGGAAACCAUCAAAGAGGCCAACAUUCCAUGUGUCUCACAGACAGACGGAUCCCCUGUCUAUUUCAGAUUUAACAAUUCUGUUCUUUUUGCCGAGAACAAAAGAAGCAGUGAUGAGGGAGACUGUGAUCACAUGUUCUGGAAAAUGGGAAAGGCCAGCAUGAAAAAAUUCUUCACUCAGCUAGGCAAAAUGGAGACCCAGAGUCUGACCCUGACAAAGGAGGUUCUGCAACAGCGAAAACAGCUGGAAGCAACCAUUGAGGGAGUGCAGCCACUCAUUCGAAUCAUGAAGGAAAUACAAAGCACACAAGCUGUUCUGGAAGAACACAAGACCCAAAUGGAAGAGAAGAUGAAUAUAGAACAAAGUAUUGCAAAGUUGGAAAAGGAAUAUCACCAAGUGCAGGGAAAGAUUGUAAAAUUGAUAGAAACUGUAACUAAAUGCCUGAUUCGUCUGAAAGAGAUUGCUCUUCGGCCGGAUCCUUUGUCUACUCCAGACUACAUUGACCUGCUGAUAGAGUCAGAAAAACAAGAGGCCAAGCCUGGAUUGCAGCAGCGUAUCCAAGAGUUACAGGAACUCAGGGAAGGAGCUGAUCUUGUGCAGAAAGUGGCAGAAAACAUUGCACUUGGGACAGAGGCAUCAGGCAAGGCACCGCUGCCCUGCGAGAAAGACUUGUCUCUGCAGCUGCUGUAG